CCGAUGGUUGACUCUCAUUUAAAAUAUAGGUCACAUUUGUAUUCAAAAAAUUAUAGGCCACAUGCUUUAGCAAUCAAUCUAAAUAUUUAACACAGAAGUUUUAAUAUUAAUUAAUCGGUAUAUACUGUAGACGUGUCAUUCUCUCCGUUGAGUUUUUCAAAGACACUAUACAUAAGAAUGCUGAGGAAAUUUUCUUUGCUCCAAUGCAUCACAUGUCUGUUUGGUCUGAGUACAGCGAUUGUGGUUAACGUUGACAUUCAAGCAGACGAUAACAAGAAUGAGCUCCCAACCAACAUUCAAGUUUCGUUUUCAAUGGGCAGUCAGUCCAGAACUCAACUGGACUUACGACUUGAGCCAUCCUAUCACCUGGACUUUCCUAUCUACACUGUCAGCAGGAAUAAAACUGGACACUACAUCACCGAAACGUUGCAAGUACAUAACAAUAAGGAUGUUGGUAUUUACGUCGAUCUCCAUCGACAAAGUCUGUUUCAAGUAACGAGGUCAAAGGUCAACGGGACAACAUUUUGUAUUCAGACUGGACAGUUUCAAAUAGAUGGACACUUCUACAAAAUUCUACAAUCCACUAGAGAGAAGAGAGAUACUGAUGAUCACUCCCAAUACUAUGACAUUGAACCAAUCAAUAAUCUACGUCUGGACAAAAUCGAUAAUAUCAUUGCCUCUCUUCACGACACAGGAAGAAAAGACAAAGAAAAGUUCAUUUCUAGAGAUGUCUCCAAAGUAAAACGUCUACAAUCAAGAACUACAAGAAGUCUGACUGUCCCGACCUACUACAUCGAUGUUGCUGCAUUUGUUGACUCUACUGCAUUCCAGAAAUUUCUUCAACACGCUGGAUAUAACAAAACUUUAACUUAUUUACAGAUGCGUGAAUAUUACGCUUUUCUAUUUAGUGGGGUGAAUCUUGUCUAUCAAGGCUUGGGGUCAACUAAGUUUCAUCUUGAAGUUAGUCUCACUAGGCUCGUAGUUUUUGAGAAAUCCUCAGACUUCUUACUGGAUCAUAUAGGAAAACAGUUUCGGGGAUUUCUCUGGGACUCUAAUAGAGACUCGUUCCCUGGGACUGGCACAAAGGUUGAUGCUGACAUUGUGUAUAGAAAGUUUUCUGUCUUCCUGAAGAGAUAUACAUCUCACUUCAACUACGACUACGCUAUGUUUUUUAUUGGGUCAGAUCUAUGGAUCAACUAUUUUAACUUAUUCGGACAGGACAUCCUAGGUACAACAGAAGCGACAUCUUUCUGUCGACUUAACGGAAGCAGUGCUGCUCUGAUUGAAGAGAAAAGAGACUACAGCAAUCUUUUGGUUGCUGCUCAUGAACUGGGACACAGUUUAUCGGCUGAACACGAUGGCACACAGAACGAUUGCAAUACAAAGGGCGAGAAAUUUCUAAUGACGGAGGUCUGGUCAUUCGACGAUUCCAACACUUCGCUACAUCUCUGGCAGUUCUCAAACUGUAGCCGGAACUACAUUGAAAGUUUUAUAACCAAGCUAAGUCACACUUCCCAUGGACGUAAUUGUCUAACUAAAUCUCUGAGAGUUAAUAGUCUCUACCCAGAGGUCAGUAAACGACUACUUGGUCAAGAGAUACCUCCAUCAAAACAAUGUGAAUUGAGAUAUGGACGUAACUCCUUUGACUGCAGGACCACUAUCUCGUCAGACAUCUGCAGAGCUUUGUAUUGCUAUAACCCCAGUAACAAAAAGUGUACAUUUGGUACAACUCUGUCUGGAACUACUUGCGGAAGUGGAAAGGUAUGCCGGCAAGACAAAUGCGUGGAGGAUAGUACAGCACGACAAGUCAAUGAGACUUGUAUGUUUGGAGACAGUCAAAAGUCUUCUAGUGAGCAGUGCAAUACUUCUAUCACAGCAUUCAAUGGCUAUUGUUAUGAUUCUGUUACCCAUAGAAGAUGUUGUCAGUCAUGUGCCUCAGUUUUCAUGAACAUCUCAGGCUGUGAAUACGGAGACAGAGCAAGGUACUGUAACUUAAGAUCUUGUUUGAAUCCAGCGUAUUUACAAAGAUGCUGUUACACAUGUGGGAACCUGACGAACCAAACAGACGACACCCAAAACUCGACGGGAAACUCGACGGGAAACUCGACGGGAAACUCGACGGGAAACUCGACGGGAAACUCGACGACUGUUACGCCAAUAGGUAAAAACGGAUGUAUUUCUGAUGACGUGGAUGUGAACUGUAGUGUUGGACAUUGUCACCUCCAAAAUGCUAGCAACAGUUGCUGUUACACCUGCAGAGACGUCAACGUGAGCGGAAUAAUGACAACUACGUCCAAACCACAACUACAUACAGAAUGUCGAAAAGAUGCCAGUCGAUAUUGUACUACGAGGUUAUGUUUGAAAGAGACUUAUCGCCAAGCCUGUUGUUACACGUGUAGACACUAUUCCUCCAAGCCAACAGUUUCUGUUUUAGACUGCUCGAUGCUCUCCUCUGAUCUCGUUCCCUUCUGUGACGGCAUCGAUUGCUCUCUUCCUAUUGCCAGGAUGUUCUGCUGCUUCACAUGCAGGCCAUACAAUCCCUACCGGAGAGGCUCAAGUCCCCUGACCACUUCCACAACUUUAAAACCUACUAGACCUACUACCAUUGCAGAUUGUUGGUCCGGGGACAUUUUUUACUACUGCCCUGUUAGCGCAUGCUCCAAUGACGUGAUACGCCAGCACUGUUGCAAGACGUGUAGACAUUAUAGCCCACGAACACAUCGUCACUUCCUGAAGGCCACCAAGCUUUGAGCCCAGACCAAUCAAGUCAAAGAACAAAGGAAAACAAGGGAACCCUAAUGUUAACAUCAAAAUGACAGGUUCUGAUUAGCCAUUGGCAUUAAGCUCACUGCAGUUCUACUUAUGUGCUUUGACAUGUAUAUUUUAUUUCUUUGUGUUAUUUGCAUAAUAAAGCGCACAUAUAUUGUUGUUUUUA